AACAUCCCAGCCCUGAGGUGAGUUCAGAAGUGUAUGCCUACUAUGCCCUCGGGUGCUCAGUAUCCUUCUCUGCUCCCAGGUACUUCUUCUUUCUGUCCGGAAAAGAGGAGAACGAUUUUACUCAGGCACAGAGCAAUUUCACCAAUCAGUUGUUGGAGUGGGAAGCGACUGAGCUGCAGCCUGCUGUAGCUGCUGCCUUGUAUCAUCAUGUGGUGCAAGGAAAGAAAGGAGAAGAGAUUUUGGAGAUCAUCUGGCAACUACUGACCUACAUUGAUCAAACCCUUACCAAAAAGAAUACACCUUAUCUCAAUGGGGAUGCUGAGUCGACCGUUGAUAUUGUCUUCUGGGGAGCCCUCUUUCCUCUGCUCAAGGAUGGAGCUUUGCUGCCAGAUGACCUGAAAUUCCUGAGGAACUGGUUCCAGAACAUGAGCCUGAAGGAGCAUUGCAGGAAGACUGUCGAAACUCUCUGGACUCGCAAAGGAGUACAGGAGCUGAAGGCCUACCUGCAGAAGCAGCCCACUCCCACCCUGGCCUUUGAGAAGCCUGCUAGCAAUGAGCCAAAGGAGGAGGAAUCUCUUCAGCGCCUGUCUGAGGAGGAGAUAGCAGCAGUCGCUGAAGUCUGGAGCAGGGGGCCGGCUGCCCUCCCCAAGCCCUGGAAGCCGCAGCAGCCUGUAGUGCCUGUGGAAGGCAUGAAGAAUAUCAUGAUCACUAGUGCAUUGCCUUACGUCAACAACGUACCCCACCUUGGAAACAUCAUUGGUUGUGUCCUCAGUGCUGAUGCUUUUGCCAGGUAAAGUCUUAGCGCCU